GGCUUCCAGAGGCUGCUGGCAACGGGUAACUGGUCCCUGGCACCUGCAAAACAUGCUUCUGCGCUCCUGCCUGCUCGCCAGGACACUGGUCAUCGUGGGUUUGGCCGGGCUUCUUAAGGAUUUUAGCAAAGCUGGUGCUUCUGCCAGCCACAGCGACUGCAAAGGUGCGAGCAUAGCCGAUGUGGCCGAGACACUUGAGAAAUAUUCAGAAUGUUUCCAUAAAAUGGUCACUGAAGGGGAAAAAACAUCCAUCAACUUGCUUGCUUGGAGGCUUCAAGAAAUGCUGAAUCUCCUCCGACCUCUUCAAGAAAAACUUUGUAAGCCGCUAGCCCUGUGCCCACACCCACUGGCCCCCAGAAACGGCGGGCUGGUGUGUGUCACCAUUGACGGCCUGCAGUACUGCAAGCCCAUGUGCAACAAGGGCUACGACUUCCAGUUCCUCCGGAAGACGAGGCUGUAUGAAACGUGCGGAAACACCACGGGCUUUGCCUGGACGACGCAGUACAUCGGCGGGGACGAGCUGGCUGUUUGCAGCCCCUCCGAGGUGGCUGUCAGUGGAGCUAAAUCUGCCUAUUUCCCUGCAAACAGCACCUGCCAGCACACGAUUGCCUUUGCUGAAGCCGAGAAAGAGCAGAUAAAUAUCUUUCUGCAAGAGCUCCGCGAGGAAGGGAUAGAUAUUGGCAGGCAGGACCACAAGGCCGACUGCAUAAUGUGCGGGUACUAGUGCCAGGGCAGGCAGGGCCGGAACGCCGCUGCUGCAGACCAGCCGGGUGUUACCAUUUGCCGUGGGUAUUUUGGUAUGAAUAAGUGGGCAGUAAAAUCAUUGCUAAGACAUUAAAAUGUAUAGCUUUUAUUUAAUUAAGAGAUUAAAGAUCGUAGUUAUCGUUUGACCUAAGCUCUUGGCAAGGGAUGUAUGGUGACAUAGGAUAAACUUAAUCACAUAACUCAUGGAGAUGGUUCAAAGGAAGGAUCACUUUUCCAUGGCUUAAAUUUGUCUAAUUAAAUAAGAAUGAUAGCUCCUUAAUGGCUGUGUCUUUAGCUGAACACAGUAAUGUGUAGCAGAAAAUUUCUUCUGCUAGAACCAUCAUUGCUGUGAAAAGGUGAUGAUGCUCCGAGCUGCUUGUAGAGCUGCUCUUGCUGCUGGGAGGGCUGCUCAAGUGAUGCAACUCAUGGCAAUUCCUGACUGCAGAGAUGUAACACUUUAUUCUCGUGCUGUUUCCUUGCUUGGGGUUUAAUCAGACUGUACACAGAGCUGUUGAAGGUGCUGGCUUUCUCAUGAGCUGCAAGCUUGAAGCUCUGCAGUUUGUUUGCAUCAGCUCUCCCUCUGAAUGUGUCAGCUGGAAAAUAUCCCACAGAAAAAGAGCCCCUUUAGGUAUAGCUCA